AUGGGCUUGGAUCUCGCCCUGUUCGAAGGUUCGGUACCCAGAGACUUGCUGUGUGCCGUGUGCGGUCGUGUGCUCGUGCAGCCAGAGAUGAGCACAUGCCAGCACGUGUUCUGUAGCUCGUGCCUGCGGAAGAGCGUCACAAUGGCGUGUCCCGUGUGUGGGACAUGGCUGCAGAUGACGUCAUAUCCUCCGCCUUCGAAACUGUGCGUGAGGCUUUUGGGAUUGAGGAUACGAUGUGACCACAAGUGUGUAUCGUCCACGACCGACUCACAGCUAAAGGAGGUUCAAUUCGGACCGUCAUCCCAGCCUCCAGAACAGAUGCCCCACCCUCGAGGGGCGGGGUUCCCCCUUCAAGAGGCCGAGCUCCGCCCUCCAGGGGUGGAAUCCCACCACCCAUUGCGGAGCCUCCGCCUUCAAGGGGCGGGGUCCCUCCAUCUAGGGGAGGAGCUCCGCCAUCAAGAGGAGGAGAAAGGUUUUCUCAAGACCAUAGCAUUACUGGCAGCAACGUACCAAUCCAGUCAAGAACAUUGA